AGUUUAAUAUGCAUAUCUCCUUACUAAAAUUACCUUACUAGUUACUAUCCUACAAAGAAGAAUUAUCUCAUCAAAUACUCCCUUUGUUUCAUAGUACUUUAGCUCUUAUGAUACAUAAUCUUGUUCAAUGUGUAUCGUGGUCAAAGAUGUGCUCUGAAACAUCAUUUGAGAAAACUAUUCUGGCACGGAAGGAGUAUCACACGUAAAAUCAGAGCGAGGGGGAGAGGAUUAACAUCUGAAUGAUUGUUGGCCUUUCACCUAAUUAAAUCAUUUGAGUGAAAGCAAUACUUUAAGCAUCAACAUAUCUCAAUUCACCCUUAUCUCCACCACUUUGCACACAAUCUUCUUUUAGGAUCUCCAAGUAAGAUGGCUGCAUCCUCUGUUCCUCUUAUGAAGCUGGAAUUACCAUCAAAAUCAGUUCAAGAACUACUCAAAACUGCAGAAAAACAAGUCCCAGAAAGAUAUAUUUACCAACUUUCAGAAGAAAAAUCAUCAGCUGAUCAUUCUGAUAUUAAAUAUAUGGACAGUCCUAUUAUUGAUCUUAGCCUUCUUUCAUCAGCUUCAUCAUCACACCAACUACAAAACGAGCUCCGAAAACUUCAAACAGCAAUUAGUUCUUGGGGUUGUUUUCAGCUUAUAAAUCAUGGAUUAUCGAGCUCGUUACUUAAUCAAAUUCGUGAAGUUGGGAGGGAGUUUUUUGAUCUGCCUCUAGAAGUGAAGCAGAAGCACUGCAGAACAUUAGAUUGGUUUGAAGGGUAUGGAGGUGAUACAGUUUCUGAAAAUCAAAGUUAUAACUGGAAUGAUAGACUGCAUCUCAGAGUUCAUCCUCUUGAACGGCGAAAUUUCAAGCUUUGGCCUGAAUAUUUGCCAAAUUUCAGAGAAACAUUGGAAGAGUACACCAUGAAAGUAAGGCGAGUACUAGAAAUGAUCCUGCAAGCUAUUGCAAGAUCACUCAACUUAGAUGAAGACAUUUUCUUAAAAGAAUGUGGGGGAAAGGAAGGCAUAAAUAUGUUUACAAGAUUCAACUAUUAUCCUCCGUGUUCAUCUCGAGGUCAUGUUUUAGGUCUUAAACCACAUUCUGAUGGUACAGCAAUUACCAUUCUUCUGCAAGACAAACAAGUUGAAGGUCUUCAAGUUUUAAAAGAUGACCAGUGGUUUAAAGUUCCCAUUGUUUCUGAUUCCCUAUUCAUCAAUAUUGGUGACCAAUUAGAGAUAAUGAGUAACGGCAUAUUGAGGAGUGUAGUGCACAAAGUGGUGAUAGAUAAGGAGAAAGAAAGGACAUCAGUGGCUAUGCAAUGUUCUCCACAUUUUGACAAAGAAAUCGGACCAUUGAGUGAGCUAAUUGACAAUGAAAGGCCACAAAUGUACAAGAAGAUCAAGGAUUAUCUUAGUGUAUAUUUCCAAUACUAUCCAAGAGGAGAAAGGGCUAUCACGAAAGUGAAACUUUAAACCGUAUAUAUAGUAGUAAUACUCCAAGUUACAAAUUGCGAUGUAUGUCAUUGAGAUAUAACCUAUUUACGAUGUGUUCUCUUCACUUUAAAAAAAAAUUUCAGGUUUGAUCAGGUCUAAUUAGUUGAUAUAAGGGUUGAUCAGGUCUGGUAAAUUCAACUUAGUUAAGUUUAGGUGGAGAAGACACCCUAAGGGAUAAAGACUGUACAACUAAACCUCCUUAAUCUUGGUUUAGUGAGAUCCGAGUUAGGCUGUUGUACAUAUGGGUAGUCUCACCAAGUGUCUUUGCUUUAUGUGAUAUCAACUUAUGAAAAAGUUCAUUCUACAA